GCGGCCGCGGCGCUGUGGCCCGGGCGGAGCUGCGCAAUCGUCUGAGCUGCGCACCCACUGGCGGCCGGAGCGGAGCCCACAAGUUGCCGGCAGCAGAGCGCCACCUCGUCCCGCUAGCAGCCCCUGUGCCCACCGGCUGCGGCCGGCGCCAGGACGCUCCACCCGCAGACGUGGACCCCAGAUGUGACAGCGGGACCGCGGCCCCUUCUCCUUCCCGGCGCGAUCCACAGAGUCUCCCUGCGUCUCCACCGCCUAAACCCCAAGGCUGGAAGAUGUGGCAGCCGGCUACUGAGCGCCUGCAGCACUUCCAGACUAUGCUGAAGUCUAAAUUGAAUGUCCUGACACUGAAAAAGGAACCUAUGCCAGCGGUCAUUUUCCAUGAACCGGAAGCCAUUGAGCUGUGUACCACCACACCGCUGAUGAAGACGAGGACUCAUAGUGGAUGCAAGGUCACCUAUCUGGGGAAAGUCUCUACCACAGGCAUGCAGUUUUUAUCUGGCUGCACGGAGAAGCCGGUCAUUGAGCUCUGGAAGAAACACACUCUGGCCCGAGAAGAUGUUUUUCCAGCCAAUGCCCUCCUAGAGAUCCGUCCAUUCCAAGUCUGGCUUCAUCACCUUGACCACAAAGGCGAGGCGACCGUGCACAUGGAUACCUUCCAGGUGGCUCGCAUCGCCUAUUGCACAGCUGACCACAACGUGAGCCCUAACAUCUUCGCCUGGGUGUACAGAGAGAUCAACGACGACCUGUCUUACCAGAUGGACUGCCAUGCCGUGCAGUGCGAGAGCAAGCUGGAGGCCAAGAAGUUGGCGCACGCCAUGAUGGAGGCCUUCAAGAAGACUUUCCACAGUAUGAAGAGUGAUGGGCGGAUCCAUAGGAGCAGCUCAUCUGAAGAGGCUUCCCAGGAAUUAGAAUCUGAUGAUGGCUGAAGGAACUUGAGAUGUUCCAGUGAAGGCAGCAUUUGGGCAAGGAGUUUCAGAAGACAGAUGCAUCUGCAAUGAUUCAAAUUUGGUAUGAAAAGACUGCCAAAACUCUUGGCUGACCAUGCUUUUUAAAUUCAGAAGAGCAAUUCUAAAUCUAAAGAAAUGUAUCAUUAAUUACGUGACAUUGAUAUCUGCUGCUGCUGUGCCCAUGAGGAGAGUGGGCGUGUGGACGAGGAGGAAAGUUCCAGACUGUCUUCUUGGGUUUUUCUCCUAUUUCAACACUUCCGGGUGGGAGAUCUCCAUGCCUAUUUUCACCAUUCUCAGGCAAAUGCUCCGUGGCUGUAGUCUGAUGGACUGUUCCCAUCUGCCUUAUGAAAUCCAGCAAGAAUGUUAGCAGCAUCUUUGUGAUCCCUAGGCGGGCGGCGUGGGGUGGUGAAGCUGAUGUGGAGGCUUCAGGAUGGAAAGGACUUGUCUCGGUAACUGACGGAUUGCUCCUCCUUGCUUGGCAUGUUGGCAGACGCUCUCCUCAGCACAUGAAUCAGCACAGCUUGGAUUAAGCUUUACAACUAACAGCACGCUAGAUGGCAGAUAGUUCACAGUUAAAGAUAAUGCUUUGAUUUACAUGAGUAUACCAAGUAGUACCCUCCUCUUGUAUUCACUUCUUCUAUUUUCUUAGAAUCCUUGCAACUAAUGAUCAUUUCUGUCCUCCUGUCCCCCCGCCUAUGUUUCUCCUUCUUCCAGCCUCCCCAAAAGGGAUGGAGGCUCAACAUACUGCAGGACUCCAACAAAGAAGAAAUAACAAAUUAAUUAAAUGAACAGUCAGCAAAUCUACCAGGACUCUCAGACAUCAGACACCCUAGAGAAAAGGGGGGAUGGGUGGCCAGCGUCUAUAGAGGUUGCCCUUUAUAAAGUCCUGGCUUGUAGUAGCUUACAUCGUUACUACACUGUUGGAUGACUCCUUCAUGGAUGUUUUAAACUUUGACAUGACAUUGCCUGGGAAGUCUUGCUCUAUUAUUCAGCAUUGAACUCAAGAAGGGAAUGAGUGAAAUCAAGUCUGUGUAGAAAUCCCACGUCUAUCUGGAAACUUAUAAAGGAAAAUGUGAUCUUGUUGUCCUAAAGCCAAUAAUAUCUUAGAGUCAGAAUGAUCCCUUUGAACAUCAGUUCUGAAGAAAAAUUCUCACUGAUAGCUUGAGAUCUCUCAAUUUUAAGAUCUUUGCAUAUCAUAAAGGAUCAUGGAACGUAUUUGUUAAAAUAUACACAUUUAAGAUGAAUAGACACAUUAAGAGGGCACAUGAAACACUUUUUCAAGUGAUAUUGCCCCUUUAAAAGGUGUGUUUUACUUCUCGUGAUGUUAGGGGCAACAGGGCACCUUAGAAGCCUUAAGAGAAAGAUAAUAUAAUCCAGACAGCAAUGGUGUUGGUAUUUUUGGUUUGUGUACCUGUGUGUCCAUGUAUGUGUUUGUGUGUGUGUGUGUGUGUGUGUGUGUGUGUGUGUGUGUAUGUCCCCCAUGUGGGUACAGUUUCAAGGCAUGUACAAUAAGCAUGGAGUCGUAUUGGUGAGGACUCACCUCCUGAAGAUAUGCUUGUUGCAUUAUGACAUAUGUAAACUAUUCUUUAGAUAAAUGCAUUCACUCUUUAAUAAAAAUAUGUUUGUGUUAAUAAA